CGGCCUUAAAACGUGUAAAGGCCAUUAGGUGGUGACAUUUAAUACGGUGGCAGAUGUUUCCUCUCUUUCCGGCUGUCGCCUUCAUUUAUGAUAAGUGAUAAGUACGAAAGGAUGGUAUAGAAAUGAUGGGAGUAGUCGUCUUGCGUUAUACGCUUUGUGUGUAUGAUUCAUGGUAGAUAGUGAUUUUCGGAGUUCUCACACCUGUUCAAACAAUAUUUAUUAAUAGAAAUACGAUUCUCUCGAAAACAAACAAUCUUCUCGAUAUUUCCUGAAAGUAUCUCUUACUGAUACUUUUGUAUACACAUCUUUUCAUGGAGAUAACACCAAGUGACAACUGAUAGAAUGGAUGUUCUGAACAAGCUUCGAAACACAGUCAGCAAUACUAUCAGCAAUACCGUGCAGAACACGGCGUACGGCUUAUCACAGCUGUCAAGUGUUCUACCCGGCAAUCCUGUAACCAGGGAAUUUGAAGCGAUUGCUCAUGUGGCGAGCGCUGGACCAGGAUUACUGUGGAAGGUCUACAGUGGUUUCAAAAAGUCCACCAAGCAAGAGGCUGCAAUAUUUGUGUUUGAAAAACGUAUGCUAGAGAAAUGGUCUGCGAAAGCAGAUCGCGAGCUUGUAUUGGAGACUUUGAAGCGAGGUGUAAUGCAGUUGACAAAAUUGAGGCAUCCGCAGGUUUUGAUUGUGCAACAUCCUUUGGAGGAAUCAAGGGACAGUCUUGCAUUUGCGACUGAACCAGUAUUUGCUAGUCUGGCUAAUGUAUUAGGUAAUUAUGAGAACAUAUCUCAACUGACUCCAGCAAACCUGAAAGAUUACAAACUGCACGACAUAGAGAUACGCUAUGGAUUGCUGCAAGUGGGAGAAGGCUUGGCAUUUUUACACAGUGAUGUAAAAUUACUGCAUAGGAAUUUGUGUCCAGAAUCAAUUGUUAUGAAUGUUCAUGGAGCAUGGAAGAUAUUUGGCUUUGACUUCUGUGUCUUAAAUCAAAAUUCAGACAGUAAACAGCCAUCGUGGCCAUAUCUGGAAUAUGAUCCCACACUCCCAGCUGUAGUGCAACCUCAGUUAAAUUACCAAGCACCUGAAUGUAUAUUAGCGAGCAGCAACGGACCGUCGAGUGAUAUUUUUUCACUGGGCAUGCUGAUAUAUACAAUACAUUCUUCAGGACAUCAGCCACUUAAUGACUCUCACAAUGACUUGGGAAAGUGUCGACGUUUUCUAGAAAAUUUUAAAAGAUCCAACAUUUCAGCAAAGCUGCUUCCAAUUCCCGAGACUUUGAGAGAUACUGUAAAGCUCAUGUUAAGUCAUAGCCCAGAAUUAAGAUUGGAUGCUCAUCAAUUCAUCAAGAUCGAAUAUUUCGCAGACAUCGGUGUUAAGACAUUAAAUUACUUAGAUAAAUUAUUCCAAUGGGAUAAUCUGCAAAAAUCGCAGUUUUACAAAGGUCUUCCACAGUUGAUGAAGCAAUUGCCACAUAGAGUGAUAUUGCAUAGAGUACUACCCGCACUUUAUAAGGAACUAGUGAAUCCUUCUAUGAUACCAUUUGUAUUGCCGAGCAUAUUGCAAGUGAUGGAAGUUACUGAGGUAGAAGAAUUCCGCGAGCAUAUCCUUCCUAAUUUGAAACCUGUUCUUGCUUUGGAAGAUCCGCCACAAAUCAGUUUGGUUCUCAUGCAGCAUGUAAAUUUAUUGCUCAAACUAUGCCCCACGGACGUCAUUAAGACCGAUAUAGUGCCUAUGCUAAUGCGUGCUUUGGAAUCCGAGUGGGAACAGCUUCAAGAGCUUUGCCUGUCGGCAUUGCCAAAUAUAGUGACGAUGAUCAAGGGACCAGUAAUAAAAAAUGCCAUACUGCCGCGAAUGAAGAAGAUAUGUUUGUCACCAGACAAAAAACCCACUAGUCUUGGGAUACGCGUUAAUUGCUUGCUGUGUCUUGCAAAAAUGUUGCCGAACUUCGAUCGUUGGCUAGUGUUCGACCAAAUAUUACCGUUUCUGCAGGAAGUUCGUCAUUCUGGCGAACCAGCCAUUUUAAUGGCUAUUAUAGGUAUUUAUAGGAUGUUACUCACUCAUAGCAAGUUGGGUAUGGGCAAAGAAAUACUGGCGACGAAGGUACUACCGUUUUUGUUGCCUCUCUGCAUUGAGCAAAAUCUCAGCAUGUCACAAUACGAAACACUUUCUACGUUGGUCGUCGAUAUGAUAAAUCGAGUGAUCAAUGAACAUCGAGAAGCGUUACGGCAACUGGACGCAGUACGUCGCGAGACGCAACAACUUGAUCAUGCACUCUCUCAAGUCGCCUCGCCCACGUUUAUGCAAAACAAUAGUCUGAGUGAUAUUAAUUUAACAACCGAAGUUUCAUCUUCAAAUGCUACCACCAAAUCUGUAAAUAUUGAAAAUGGAUUAACCAUCGAGGACAAGUUUAGGUUAAUUCAGCAGCAGGAAGCCCAUCAAAGGUUGCAAUCGCAAUCCAUAUUGAUUCCUAAAGCUGUGUCGCAACCUACAAAACCGCAGCCGAAGGAUUUGACCGCAACUCUGCUGAAGAACAAUCUGGAUGAGCUAAAUCUAUCAAUGUCAAAAACAACUAUGUCGCAACCAGAUUACACGGCUAAGAAUAUCGCGGGUUCGUCCUGGAAUAAGAAUAACAAUGUUAUUCAAAUGCAGUCGCAAUUUUUAACAUCUCCGACGCUUAAUUCGCAAACGAUGUCAAAUAGACCGAUAAAUUGGAGUUCCAAUGGAAUAAAUACAACCAUGAACUGGAGUGCACAACAAUCCACGCCGAUGUGGGGCUCAAUCGCUCCUCAAAGCAAUGUGAAUUUUACAACGCAGUCAGAAAUCAGGCCAAAUUUAAAUUUUUCUGGAACGUUACAACCUGGAACAUUACAGCCUUUUAUUUCGCCGACCAACACGCCAACUAACUCGAACAAGCCUGAUAUAUCCACGCAAGAUAUCAUGGAUUUACUUAGUUAAUCUAUAUUUUUUCGAAAUUAACGACGAAGUGAAAAAGGCAGCUUAGGAUGUCGCUGGAAAGUAAAUAUAGUGUUACAGCGAUUGUAAUACAUAUUUCCUCAUUUAGUAUAAUUUCUAACAGCAUAUUAUUCAAGUCGCCGUUAUAUAAGACAUAAAACAAAAAGUAGAUUAUCUUUCAUAUCAGUAUGAAUAAUUGAAGAUUGCUAUACAUAUAUCGAUAAUUAUCAAUAUAUUGAUGGAAAAUAACAUUUUUAUUGUGUACUUUAUACAGAGGCUGUUUCAUAUAUAGAACAAUCCAAUUGAAAAUUUUAAGAAGCAAAGAACUACGUGAAAGGAAAUCUUAUUCUCUGUUUCUUAUUCUCUGUUUCACAUUGAAUUAGUAUGCUCACAUAAUAUUCUUAAAAACAUUUUUCUUUGUAAUAUUUCUUUUUUUUGUUUUAGAUAUUUAAGAAAGGCGCUCGGACUUUAUACGACGCAAUCUUGUAUAGAACUAUGUUUCGCAUGUUUAUAUUUGCGCGUAAUUUCUUAUAAUAAUGUUAUAAAUAAUUGAAAAAGCUUGGGUGCGUAUGUAUGUAUGUAUGUGUGUGCGCGCGCGCGCGCGAGUUGUAACUCUCUUUUCAUUGUAUAUUAUGAGUUUUAAUAUUUAUAAGCUAUCACGUAACAUAUAUAGAGAUAUAUUUAUAAAGACGUCUACAAUCGACAAAAAACCAUUAGAAUUACCUUUCGAGUAAUAUUAAUCUAUAUAUGUCAAAUAUGGAACUAGUUAUAAGUUACUGCGAACAUGAAAUAGUGGCAAUUUCGAAUGUGAUAAUAAGGGAAAAGUCACAGUCUUUUAUAUAGAAGUAUAUGAUUUCAUUGUAAUAAAAGUCGUCGAAAUGAAACAUAGAUUGUGCGAGCAGCGCUGUUGAUAUUGCCUUUAUCAUAACACAACACAAAAGAAUGUUAAUUCAUGUUUUAUUUGGAUGAUUUAUAUAAUUUAUCUCGCCAUACUUUCUCACGUUUCAAUGUAAAUAGUUGCUAGUCGUGGGAUAAGGAAAAUUUUUAUGGAAGAAUUAUUUAAUCUAAGCGUUAGUCAUUUAGAUAAUUUAGAGUCACAUUGGAUUGUCGUACCCAUUCCACACCUUGUGAUUUAUAAUAAUAUAUCAGGUUUUAUUAACAAGCUUAUUACCUACUGACAUUUGUCUUGCUUUUAUCGUAUCAUAGCGUACAAGCUGCAGAAAUAAAACUUAAUUUUAUAAUAUAUUUCUGUAUUACUAUGAGAUAAUAUAUGAAUCGUUAUUUAGGAAUAACGAAUAAACGAAAUAAUACAUUAUAAUUUUAUUUGAGUUUUCGUGCGACGAAAUCUACUUUCAAGUUUUAUUACAAAAUAUUUCUUUUUUAUCGAGAUAAUUGCAUAGUACAUGUAAAAAGUGACAUGUCCAUUUUUAUAAUAUUAUCCUAAAUCUGUUUGUUAUUUAUU